CGGUCGAACACUCCAGCCAGCGAGCGAUCCACCUCGAUCUCUUCUCUUCCUCUCUCUCUCUCUCUCUCUCUCUCUCUCUCUCUCUCCUGAGCGCCAAUCGAUCUCGUGAUCUAGAGCUCGCUUCCUCGACUUCGUGUCAAACACCGGGAGGAGCGGAGGCCGAUCGGAGCCUAAGCGGGGCUCGCGCCAGGAGCUGGCUAACCACAGGCAGGGAACGGCGGCGGCGGCGCGCGAGGCGUCGGCGUCGGUGUCGGAGCUGGCAGAGCUGGACGGCGCAAGGGAUCAGCCGGAGGAGCAGGACGCCAAGUUCCUGGUGCUGCGGCUGUACGAGGCGCUCAACUCCGGGGACGCGCGCAGGGCGCAGGAGCUGCUCGCGCCGGACCUCGAGUGGUGGUUCCAUGGGCCGCCGGCGCACCAGCACAUGAUGCGCCUCCUCACCGGCGCCGACCACGGCGAGUCAAGGUUCCUCUUCUCCCCUCGCUCCGUCGACGCCUUCGGCUCCACCGUCAUCGCCGAGGGCACCGACGACACCCGCCAGCUCUACUGGGUGCACGCCUGGACCGUCGGCCCCGAUGGGGUAAUCACCCAGCUCAGGGAGUACUUCAACACCGACCUCACCGUCACCCGCCUCUCCGCCUCCGCCGCCAAGACCACCGCCGCCAUUUCUUCCUCCAACUCCAACCACGCCUCCUCUUCGGCGCCGCCGCCGCCGCCGUCCAAGCCCAAGUGCCUGUGGCAGAGCCGCCGCGCCGACCGCGCGCACAAGUCGCUGCCGGGCCUCGUCCUCGCCAUCUAAGAACGAACUCAAAAGACAUCAAGAACUCAAGGCGCAAAAAGCUUCCCUAAAUUAAUCACAUAUAAAAAAAAUCAAGCGAUACUUAUCAAUAGUGAUUAGCUAAAUAAAUAAAAACGGAAGCGCACGCACUGAGUGAAGUCACUAGCUAUAGUUUAUUGCUUAUGGGCUAAAGCCGCUCAGCUCAACUGAGCUGCUUCAGGUUUGCGUGAUUAAUCCCACUACCACUACUGCAACUAGCCAGCCAGUUAAGUAGUGUUGCUUUUGCUUGCUUGUCUGAAAGCUGAAUCAGCAGUGUGACCAGUAGCAUCAGUAGCUUUGGUCCAAGUCAUUAUGGAUUAUGUAAGUGUGUACUCCUUCCACGGUAAAGCUAAACCGUGGCUGAAUAUGAAUGAUGGUCUGUUGUUGUUGCAUAAAAGUACUCGUAGCUUGUUUUG